GUAGUCCUUGACUUACGACUGGUUGGGGGUCGUGGCAUUAAAAAGGUUGAGGACCACUGUUCUAUAUCCUUAUAUAUAAGGCCAGAAAGCAUGAUAAGCUCCUUUAAUAUUAAAGAUAUUGAAUUAAAAUAUGGGUUGGUAGCCCUCAGUUAAUUCUGAAUUUUUUGUUUUUUCUAUUAUCUGAUGUACUUUUCUAUUCCUGGUGUUUAUUGUAUUAUACAUUCUAAUUCCUUGUUUUCUAUGCUUUUACCAACUGUAAGCCACUAGAGUUGCAUAGUACUAAUAGUACUAAUAAUUUAUUUUGUGGAGAUUUUAACAUUUUUGGAUCUUAAAUUUGUCAGUUACUUGAAAGUCAGCUUGGUUUAGUGGUUAAUGCACCAGGCUAGAAAUCAGGAGGUUGAGUUGUAGUUCUGCCUUAGGCAUAAAAGCCAGCUCGGUGACUUUGAACUAGUCACCCUCUCGUAGCUUGUGACAUCAGGCUUUGGCAAUAAGUCACUCAGUCAGUUGGAUGGAUCCACACUUCAUUGACCAAUGGAUCCACAUUUUGUUGAUCUGAAAAAAAUGUACCCUGCACUUGUGGGAAAAAUGCUAGGAAGAAAAAUAAAUUGUCAGACACUUAGCACUAAGACCAUCUUAAAAGAGUUAUGCAAAAAAACAUCAGUCCAACCAAAACCUGGGCAUGUGAAAAUCUUGGCAUAAAGUACUCUUUAUUCUUACUGCAGACAUUGCUCUACUUACAAACUCUUGAGUUACAAACGUUAGCUGAUAUGAAUAAACCUGUCCAUAAGUCCAACCAAGAAGGUCCCAGAAGUCAAGAGAGAAGGCAUGCUGUAAACUAACUCUUCCCCUCCUUCUUUUCAUAUUCUGUUUGUUCCACAUGCAUAUUGUUCACUGUUUGGUUUUGUAGUGACUGCAUGUGGUUUGUAUUGUGACUGAAUGUCUGAAAUUAAGUGCAAGAGUAAUUUUUAUGUUUGCUUGAAUUAUGAAUGAAAGGGACUUGUGAACAGUAUCUUGGAACAUAACUUGUUCGUAAGUAGAAGAAUGUCUACAUUGAGAUAGUUUCAACCCUAUUAAAGGCUACACAUUUCAGCUAAAACAGGUUAACAUGACAUAGAUGCAUAAAGAUCAUAUACAAGAUUUUUUUAGUGUAAUUGUAUGAGACUCUGGCAAAAUGGCUUCUACCUCACAUCUUUGCAUGUCAUAAAUCAACAUAGCAUUUUUGUGUUGGAAAGUUUAGCAUCUUAUGUGGGCAAAGCUUGUUAUAUUAACUUUCCUGCCGAAGGUAGUCAACAAAAAAACAAUAUAUUCUUUCAAGGGUGAAAUGUAAAUCUCUGAAAUGUUUUGUAUCUUGUAAGAUUCAGCUUCUCUACCUUUUGUUAAGGUUUGGUUUUAGGAUUUUUCCUUCUCUUUUUUUUUUUUGAGAUUUCACUUCUUCAGUCUGUGAUUCCACAGCCUGGUUGAAAAUAUUUCUUUUUCUUUUUUCUUUUGUAUUGAAUACAGUGUGAGAUUUUUUCAGUUAAAUAAAAUACUUAAAUUGUAAUCCAUGCAAAAUGGCUAUAUGUGAACCCUUGACAAUGUCACGAGAAUCGAUAAUGGUCAUAUGUUAAAUGAUUUAGCAUCAUAGUGGUAAGGAAGAGGGAAUACAGUUUCAAGAUAUCCAUGUAUUUAUAUUAAAAAAUUAAAAGUAAAGUCAGAUAUGUUUCUCUCUUUCCCUUUUUCUUCUCUAGAGCAGUCAAAAGAUGUACUGCAUAUCCUGUGAAAGGGUGCUUUCAAUCCAGUUAUCCACUUUGCCCAGUCUCAGAUUCCAGAAUCUUCUACAUACUCUCAUUGGUUAAACCACUAAGCUUUUGAUUCCUUCCUGAUUACACUAUGCAAGACAUCUAUCAAACACUGUCUUAUCUGUUUGUAAGGCAGCUCAGGCCUCAGAUUUAAGUCAUGGGUUUUGGCUACAAGUUGGAGUGUGAUUAAUAAUUGACUAAUGUAGCUUUUAUUUAUCACAGGCUAGCACAUUUCACCAUUACUGAGUUAACAUAAAUUAAGUGUAAGCUGUCGUUCAAUCUGUUUUUCAACUCUCCCCUCCCCAAAUCUUAAGUCUAUCUUUCACUUUUUUAGAAACAAAAUCCUUACACAGGGCACAGUCUCAGUCAGUGCCAAAAAGUUGAUUUCCUUUUCAGUGGAGUCAUAUAUCACUAGCCCUCCCAGCUGCAGUGUCAGCCUCUGACAGAAUGACAUGUGUCAUUUAUCAAAGGGGCCAGGCUGGGCCUUGGGAAACGUACAUGACAAAGCCUGAGAGAGUUCAUUUCGUAGUCCCCUCCUACCCUCCCUGAGCCUCUUGCCAGGAAAGCCUGUGAUGUUUCUGUCUUCACAGCAUUACUCUUAUGUUCCUGAAGAAGAACUCAAAGCAGCAGAAAUUGAUGAAGAAAGUGGGGAGGAUGAUGGGCUGCCUCUGGACAUUCAAGAAACUGAGUACACGGGCCAUGAUGAAACAGAGAUCAAGGAGGCUCAGAGUUACCAGAAUUCUCCAGUCAGCACAGCAACAAAUCAAGAUGCAGGUUAUGGUUCACCAUUCAGUGAAAACAGUGACCAACUGGCCCAUUUCAAAAGCACUUCCUCUAAAGAAGAGAAAGAAGAUCACAAGUGCUUGGACAAUGCUUCCUACCCACAGGACAGCUUAGCACAGAUAAAAGCCGUGUAUGCAAAUUUACUGUCAGAAUCUUGUUGGUCUGGUUUAGCUUUAGAUUUAAAAAAAGCAAAGAAUAAUGAAAACAGCCAGAAAGAAAGCACCCCUAACAGCACCACUAGUAUCAGUACCCCAAAUACAAGUGCCAGUACCAGUACCAACACUACUACCACUACAAGCAUCAGUAGUACUAGUAACAGUAGCAGUGGCAGUUCAGGUUAUGACUGGCAUCAAGCGGCUUUGGCCAAAACUCUGCAACAGACCUCAUAUGGACUUCUACCAGAGCCCAGUCUGUUCAGCACAGUGCAACUUUACCGGCAAAACAAUAAACUGUAUGGUUCUGUGUUCACUGGUGCCAGUAAAUUCCGGUGCAAAGACUGUAGCGCAGCGUAUGAUACACUGGUAGAGCUUACAGUGCACAUGAAUGAAACUGGACAUUACCGGGAUGACAACCAAGAUAAAGAAUCUGAAAAAACCAAACGGUGGUCAAAGCCCAGAAAGCGAUCACUUAUGGAAAUGGAAGGCAAAGAGGAUGCCCAGAAAGUACUAAAAUGCAUGUAUUGUGGUCAUUCAUUUGAAUCUUUACAAGACUUAAGUGUCCAUAUGAUAAAAACAAAGCAUUACCAGAAAGUGCCUCUGAAGGAACCAGUACCAGCCAUCACCAAACUGGUGCCUUCCACCAAAAAACGAGCACUUCAGGACUUGGCUUCACCUUGCUCACCUGAGCCAACAGCAAUCACUUCAGAGACAACACUUAGUGAAGCAGCAAAGGAUCAGAAAACUGCUAAUCCAUAUGUAACUCCCAAUAAUCGCUAUGGCUAUCAAAAUGGUGCUAGCUACACUUGGCAGUUUGAGGCCCGCAAAGCUCAGAUAUUAAAAUGCAUGGAAUGUGGCAGUUCUCAUGACACUUUGCAGCAGCUGACUGCUCACAUGAUGGUCACAGGACAUUUUUUGAAAGUAACUAAUUCAGCCUCUAAGAAAGGAAAACAGCUAGUAUUGGACCCUGUAGUUGAAGAAAAGAUACAAUCCAUACCUUUGCCACCUACCACUCAUACAAGAUUACCAGCUACAACUAUUAAAAAGCAGCCGGAUUCUCCUGCCGGAUUUACAACUUCUGAAGAAAAGAAGGAGCCAGAAAAAGAACAGGUGAUUGUUACUGAAACAGACAAAAAAAUUAAAGAAGAAAAUGAGGACUCUGUAGAAAAAUUUGAGCCAAUAGCUGUAUAUCAGUACCUCCGAGAAGAGGAUCUAGAUGAAAGUCCAAAAGGUGGAAUUGACAUAUUGAAAUCUCUGGAGAACACAGUGACCACAGCUAUAAGCAAAGCUCAAAAUGGAGCACCUUCCUGGGGAGGCUACCCUAGCAUUCAUGCAGCUUAUCAGCUUCCAGGAACCGUUAAAUCCCUUCAGCCAACUGUGCAGAGUGUUCAGAUUCAGCCAUCAUAUGCUAGCAGUGUAAAAUCAUUGUCUUCAGAACACAGUGCGCUAAUCCAUUCACCAGGCAAUCUGACACCCCCUCCUCAUAAAAGUAAUGUCUCUGCCAUGGAAGAGCUAGUAGAGAAGGUCACGGGCAAAAUCCAUAUUAAAAAAGAAGAAAAGCCUUCAGAAAAAGAAAAAUGUUCUCCAGUCAAGCCAUUGUCCCCUGCUCCUAAGGAAAUCAAAGACUUUCCAAAAUCAGAGGAAAGCAACAAACAACAACUACUACAUCAGCAGCCACAACAGCAAAAACAGAGUCCUGAGACUGAGGUUCAGAAGGUCAAAAAGGAUGUGCUAGCUAACCCGCAUGCACUUAAUGGUACUGAACCACCUAAAGCAAAAGUCACAAAUGGCUGUAAUAACUUAGGUAUCAUUACAGAUCAUUCACCAGAGCAAUCAUUCAUUAACCCUCUGAGUGCUUUGCAGUCCAUCAUGAAUACCCACUUAGGAAAAGUCUCUAAUCCUGUAAGUCCUUCUUUGGAUCCUUUGGCCAUGUUAUAUAAAAUUAGUAACAGCAUGUUGGACAAACCCAUUUACCCUGCAACUCCAUCCAAGCAAGCUGAGGCUAUUGACCGGUACUAUUACGAGAACAGCGAUCAGCCUAUUGAUUUAACAAAGUCUAAAACCAAACCGCUGAUUUCCAGUGUGACUGAUUCUGUCUCAUCUCCUCUAAGAGAAAGUGCCCUAAUGGAUAUUUCUGACAUGGUAAAGAACCUCACAGGGCGCUUGACUCCCAAGUCUUCGACUCCAUCUUCUGUGUCAGAAAAAUCUGAUGCAGAUGGAAGUAGCUUUGAAGAAGCUUUGGACGAACUGUCUCCAGUACACAAGAGGAAGGGUAGGCAGUCAAACUGGAACCCUCAGCAUCUUCUCAUCCUUCAAGCCCAGUUUGCUUCCAGUUUGAGGGAGACACCAGAAGGCAAAUACAUUAUGUCGGACCUAGGCCCACAAGAACGGGUUCAUAUCUCGAAGUUUACUGGUCUUUCCAUGACCACAAUUAGCCACUGGCUGGCCAAUGUGAAGUAUCAGUUAAGGAGGACAGGUGGAACUAAAUUUUUAAAGAAUUUGGAUACAGGUCAUCCUGUUUUCUUUUGCAAUGAUUGUGCCUCUCAAUUCAGGACUGCUUCCACAUAUAUAAGUCACUUGGAGACACAUUUAGGGUUCAGUUUGAAGGAUCUGUCCAAAUUGCCCCUUAAUCAGAUACAAGAACAGCAAAAUGUUUCCAAGGUCCUCUCAAAUAAGACUUUAGGCUCACUUGGAAUUGCCGAGGAGGACUCAGGAUCCACAUUCCAGUGUAAGCUCUGUAAUCGAACUUUUGCAAGCAAGCAUGCAGUCAAACUGCACCUUAGUAAAACACAUGGGAAGUCCCCCGAGGACCAUCUGAUCUAUGUAACUGAGUUAGAAAAACAUUAGCGUCCAGGUAAGCAACCAGGUAUGCAAGUGACCACAGGAACAUUGCACUAAACUUCAUAGUACUGCACUAGGCCUGAUCUGAGCCUCUGAAAUCAGUCUUACUUUUGUUGCUGAACUGCCUAUCUGGAGCUUGGUUUUUCUUACAUACUUUUGUAGUUAUAUUUAUAUGCUCUUUGUCUGAUCUGUGCAUGUUUUUAAAACCUUUUUUUUCCCUUUCCUUCCCCCCUUCUUUUUUCUGUGAGUCAAAGUCUGACCUUUAUUUUCAACAUGUGUCCUUGAUGUUAAGCUAUCUUUUGUAGACUAUAGUGGGAGACACUAUUGAGAGACAUUAAUUUAGCCGUAAAGAAAGACACAAAGAACAAUAACAAAAAGACAUUCUAAAAUUACAAAGUUGCCAUGACAAUAAAGGUCACAGAACCCCAUAGUGUCAGUUUUUAACCCUCUGAGGACUAUAAUAGUAUUCUGUGCCUUUCCCAAAAGAAGGUGUGUUUUUUUCUUCAAAAAAGGCAUUUCAUCCUAAUAUAACUGGGUCAAAUUCACUUAUAUUUAAAUGUCAAAAAGCCUUUCCCCCCCCCAAAAAAUGCAGUCUUGAUUUGCAAAGAAAAGAUGCAUGCCAUUCUUGAAUAAUUAUAAAAAGUGAUUAAAUGCUCAAGGAGUUGGAGAACGAUGACCCAUGUUUUAAAAAGUAAAAAUCACAAACCAAUUUGACACUAUGUCCAAACCCUCUGAACGCUGAACAUUGCCACUUGACUGGCAUCAGAAGUAUGCAAGUUAUUUUAAAAAUGUAAAAAAGUUAUUUCUUUUUCCUGUAAGAUACUGCAGUUUAUAGUUAUUUACAAAUGUAAGCUUUGGUACAGGCUGAUCUUUCUAUAGUGUGCUGCAUUGGUACAUGAAAAUGAAACAAAACAACAAAAAAAAUGGGGCAAGUGUUGGAUUCUGAUCCUUGUAAAUUGCCAGCAUCAGCUUAGGUUAAAAAAAAAAAAAAGCAGUACAUGUUGCAUAUUGUACCAUUUUAAAUUGUUCAACUUCCUUUGUACCUUCUGGCUGUAUGCUUUCUCUCUUAACAUUUUAUAUUGUCAUUUUAUAUUCAAUUUCUGUGUAUAUAAUGUAAAAACACACUUUUUUGAAUAAAAUUGAAUUCCUGCAGCUUGAGUUAAAUAGAGAAAUUUUACUGGCACCUGCAUCUUCCCAGAUGCAUGUACUCAAAGGAGCUAUCUGACAAAAUAAAUAAAAAUAAAGCAAACAAUGCACUAUGAAUUAUACAUUUUGAUGUUUUAUCAUUAAUAUUGUACAGUACCUUUUUGGUUCACGCAAUGAAAUCCACUGUUUUCUCAAAUGUAAAAUAAACCCACAUGCAGUUCUUGAUUUGUG